AUGGGUGUGAUAACGUAUAUAAAACGACUUGCAAUAGCAAACGCAUUGACGCUGUAUUAUACUGCAGCUAUUAUUUUCUAUAUGUUGGUGACGUAUUUGAAGAACCCCUUCAGAAAUCCGUGGGCUAAUAAGCAAAGGCUGGUACCACCGGCUAGAUUGUCUGAUCCGAAGUACGGUGUUCAUAAAUAUAUUAAAGUCAACAAUGUGAAGCUUCAUUAUGUGGAAAACGGAGAUCCGUCCAAACCUUUAAUGGUAUUCUUGCAUGGAUUCCCUGAAUUUUGGUAUUCAUGGCGGUAUCAAUUGCUCGAAUUUAAAAAAGAUUAUUGGUGUAUAGCAGUUGACAUGAGAGGCUACGGGGACUCUGAAAGACCAGAAGGUGUCUCUUUUUAUAAUAUCCAGACAAUGGCGGAAGAUAUACGGGAUCUCCUUCGCCAAUUAGGUCGAGAGAAGUUCAUUUUGGUUUCUCACGACUGGGGUGGCAUAAUAGCAACCAGAUUUCGGGAUAACUACCCUGAAACCCUACAAGCACUCAUUGUAUUGAGUAGUACAGCGCAUGAGGCAUGGCUUGAUGCUAUAUGGAAUGAUGAUGAACAACGAAAGUUGUCAUGGUAUGUUUUCUUGUACCGUAUGAGAGUGAUUCCAGAACUAAUGAUACAAAUGAAUAAUUUAGAAUUGCUGCACAAGGUGAUGAUUGUUGAAGGAAAGCCGAGUGUUGAUAAAGAAGAUUUGGAAUGCUACAAAUAUUGGUUCGGCAAACAAUAUGCUCUAACACCCCCGAUCAAUUACUACAGAGCUGCUUUUGAUUACAUUGACGUUGAAUUGAAGCGACACGAUGAAAACGUUCCUUUCUUAUUUGCACAUGGGACAAAUGAAAUUUACUUAGGUAAAAAAAUAAUGGAAACCAUGAAGAAACUCUACAAAACAAUUGAAACAACUAAAGUUCAAGAUAGUGGCCAUUUUAUGCAACAAGAAGACCCGGAAAAAGUAAACAGACUUAUUAGAACAUUUUUGCAAAAGCAAAAUCUGUAA